AUGCUGCGGCGGCGCGGGGGACUUGUGGAGCAGAAGGACAUCAUCAUGGCUCACCAGGCUCACAAAAUCCAGAGCACGCCGCAGGCCCGCAGGAAGGAGUGGGAAAUGGCUCGGUUUGGAGACGAGUCGGCUCCCGGCGCGGUGGACUCCGGGGAUGGGGACUUGGAGCGCGGCGGGGACGGACAGGACGCGGCGGCGGCGGUGCUGACGGCUUCCAUGAAACAAGCCAAGGCGCAGCGGGCCCGGACCAUGGCUCUGUACAACCCCGUCCCCCACCGGCAGAACUGCCUCACCGUCAACAGGUCGCUCUUCAUUUUCGCAGAGGACAACAUCAUUAGGAAAUACGCCAGGCGAAUCAUUGAGUGGCCACCAUUUGAGUACAUGAUCCUGGCGACCAUCACUGCCAACUGUGUUGUCCUGGCCUUGGAGCAGCACCUCCCCGGAGAGGACAAGACCCCCAUGGCAAAGAGACUGGAGAAGACAGAGCCAUACUUCAUUGGGAUCUUCUGCUUUGAAGCGGGGAUCAAACUUGUGGCACUCGGUUUUGUUUUCCACAAAGGCUCCUACCUGAGGAACGGCUGGAACGUCAUGGACUUCAUAGUCGUGCUCAGUGGGAUCCUGGCCACUGCUGGUGCCCACAUGAACAUCCCAGUCGACCUUCGGACCCUGAGGGCUGUGCGAGUGCUGAGACCCCUCAAACUCGUCUCCGGGAUCCCCAGCCUGCAGAUUGUGCUGAAGUCCAUCAUGAAGGCCAUGAUCCCGCUGCUCCAGAUCGGCCUUCUCUUGUUCUUCGCCAUCCUCAUGUUUGCCAUCAUCGGUCUGGAGUUCUACAGCGGGAAGCUUCAUCACACCUGCCUGCCAUCUGUCGACAUCCUCGACAAUGAGACUGUUGACUCAUCAGAGUUGGCAUUCGCCUGCGGAGUGAGGAAGUGUCCAGAGAGGUACGACUGCAAUGACACCUGGAUCGGGCCCAAUGACGGCAUCACACAGUUCGACAACAUCCUGUUUGCUGUUCUCACAGUCUUCCAGUGUAUCACCAUGGAGGGAUGGACAGCCGUUCUCUAUAAUACCAACGAUGCCUUGGGUCCCACAUGGAACUGGAUGUACUUCAUUCCUCUCAUCAUCAUUGGCUCGUUCUUUGUGCUGAACCUGGUGUUGGGUGUCCUGUCAGGAGAAUUUGCCAAGGAGAGGGAGAGGGUGGAGAAUAGGCGGGCUUUCAUGAAGCUACGCCGCCAGCAGCAGGUGGAACGAGAACUGAACGGCUACCGAGCCUGGAUAGACAGGGCAGAGGAGGUAAUGCUUGCAGAGGAGAAUAAAAAUUCAGGGAGGUCACCGUUAGAUGUGCUAAAGAGGGCGAGUAAGAAGACCGGCGCUCGGAGAGGAGCGCCAGGGGACGAGAAGUUCACCGACACGUCUACAGCCAGCAUGUCACGAUCGAGGAUGAACUUCCGCAGCGGCCGGCGUGGCCCCGCUGCCUACCUGCGGCGUAAAGAGCGCAUGUUACGCAUCUCCAUCCGCCGCAUGGUGAAGACAGACACCUUCUACCUGAUGGUGCUCAGUCUUGUGGCUCUCAACACCAUCUGCGUGGCCAUCGUCCACCACAACCAGCCCGACUGGCUGACCAUCUUCCUCUACUAUGCAGAGUUUGUUUUCCUGGGGCUGUUUUUGGCUGAGAUGUUUCUGAAAAUGUAUGGUCUGGGCUUCCGGCUCUAUUUCCAUUCAUCUUUCAACUGCUUCGACUGUGGGGUCAUUGUCGGCAGCAUCUUUGAGGUGGUGUGGGGCUUCUUCAGGCCUGGCAUGUCAUUUGGGAUCAGUGUGCUGAGGGCGCUGAGACUCCUGAGAAUUUUCAAGAUCACCAAAUACUGGGCCUCUCUCAGGAACCUGGUUGUGUCCCUCAUGAGCUCCAUGAAGUCCAUUAUCAGCCUGCUUUUUCUUCUGUUCCUCUUCAUCGUGGUGUUUGCUCUGCUGGGGAUGCAGCUUUUUGGAGGGAGGUUCAUCUUUGAAGAUUACACUCCCACCAACUUUGACACAUUUCCAGCUGCCAUCAUGACAGUGUUUCAGAUUUUGACUGGGGAGGACUGGAACGAGGUGAUGUAUAAUGGGAUCCGCUCGCAGGGUGGAGUGCAGUAUGGCAUGUGGUCAUCGAUCUACUUUAUAGUGCUCACCCUGUUUGGAAAUUACACUCUGCUGAACGUCUUCUUGGCCAUCGCUGUGGAUAAUCUGGCCAACGCACAGGAACUGACAAAGGAUGAAGAGGAGGAAGAGGAAUUCUUCAAUCAGAGAUACGCCAGAGGCAGAGACGGCCUGAUAUCUGAUGGGAGGAGAAGACCCUACCUAUACAGGAAACGAGCCAUCCACAGAGGCCGACCGAACUUCCCAGAGGAGGCCGAAGGUGCAACAGGGGCCGCAGACGAACAGCCCCUCAAUGGCUCCAGCGCCUUCUCCAACCGCCGCGAGAGGAGGAGGAAGGUUAACAUGUCAGUGUGGGAGCAGAGAGCCAACCAGCUACGCAAACGUCGCCAGAUGGCAAGCAGAGAGGAGCUGUUUGGCAGCCCUACGGAGGACACCAUCGAAACUCCCACUACCACCCACCACGCCACCACCCUCUCCCCAGAGGCCAGCCCGGCUCACCUACCCGAGUCUCCCAUGUCUGUGGGGAUGCCCCUCCCCGAGCCCCCCAUGUCCAUCUCCAUCCCCAUCCCUGAGCCUCCGGAGGCCGAACCUCUGGUUAACCUGGGUGAGGAGAAAACAGGAGGAGCUAACCACCGGACGACAGGCGGGGGCAGGCACAGGAUGGCCCGCAAGUUCAGACCCAGCCAGGGGCCGGAGGAAGGGGCGCGACACAGACGGCACCGUCACCGCGAAGCUCGCCCCGAGGCCAAGAGUCUGGACUGUGCCCAGUCGCCCCAUGAGGUGCCGCAAGUCAGACGGUCGCUCAGCCAGGAGAGGAAGAUACUGGACGAGCGGGAAGAGAAGGAAGAAAGAGUGGAGAAAGAGAAAGCAGAGGGAGAAGGAGAGUCAGGCCAAGAUGACUGUGGAACAUGCAUCAUCAACCCGUAUGCAGAAGUUGGAGAAGACUGUAGAAGAACUGCCCUGCCUGGCGCUGACAUUCCCGAUCCUCCUCAGUGUAAACAGUUGGACUGUACCUGGUCCGAGCAGGGCGGGGGGCACACAGACCAGAACAUCCCAGUUGAGCCCGCCUUAGAGGCCACAGAGUUCACUGUGAGGGCCAUGGAGUCUGACAGCCGCCCGGUCUCCAUCAAACGUAACAAGUCCAACCUGGAGGGAAGCGUGGCGAUUGAAAUGUCUGCACAGCCGCUACUGGAGCUCACACCUAUGACAGUGAACAAUAAAGAGUUGGAGGCAUACCACUCUGACCAAAGAGACGAGGAGACGGAGGAGGAGGAGGAGGAGGAACCUCCACCUCCCCCCAAACGUGUAGCUCCAGACAGCAUGUUCAUCUUCAAAGCCUCCAACCCUAUCAGGAGGAUCUGUCACUACGUGGUGACUCUGCGCUACUUUGAGAUGACCAUCCUCCUCGUGAUCGUGGCGAGCAGCAUUGCACUGGCUGCCGAGGACCCAGUGUGCACCAAUUCAGACAGAAACAAGGUCCUGCGAUAUUUUGAUUAUGUCUUCACUGGAGUGUUCACCUUUGAAAUGAUCAUCAAGAUGAUAGACCAGGGUCUCAUUCUGCACGAUGGCUCUUAUUUCCGAGACAUGUGGAACAUCCUGGACUUCAUCGUGGUGGUGGGAGCUCUGAUUGCCUUUGCUCUAACGAAUGUGAUGGGAAACAACAAAGGCCGAGACAUCAAGACAAUAAAGUCCCUCAGAGUUUUGAGAGUUCUGCGGCCUCUUAAAACCAUCAAGAGGCUUCCUAAACUCAAGGCUGUUUUUGACUGUGUGGUCACAUCCCUGAAGAACGUCUUCAACAUCCUCAUUGUGUACCAGCUCUUCAUGUUCAUCUUCGCUGUCAUUGCGGUGCAGCUCUUCAAGGGGAAGUUCUUCUACUGCACUGACAGCUCCAUGAAUACAGAGAAGGAAUGCCAAGGCUACUACAUUGACUACAGCAGAGACAAAAAGGAGGUGAAGAGGAGAGAGUGGAGGAGACACGAGUUUCACUACGACAACGUCUGCUGGGCCCUCCUCACGCUCUUCACCGUCUCCACUGGAGAGGGAUGGCCUCAGGUCCUGCAGCACUCUACCGAUGUCACAGAGGAGAACAUGGGGCCGAGUCGAGGGAACCGGAUGGAGAUGUCUGUCUUCUACGUGGUCUACUUUGUGGUCUUCCCGUUCUUCUUCGUCAACAUCUUUGUGGCUCUCAUCAUCAUCACCUUCCAGGAGCAGGGCGACAAGAUGAUUCAGGAGUGCAGUCUGGAGAAGAACGAGAGGGCUUGCAUCGACUUCGCCAUCAGCGCCAAGCCGAUGACCCGCUACAUGCCCCAGAACAGACAGACCUUCCAGUACAGACUGUGGCACUUUGUGGCGUCGCCAUCUUUUGAGUACACGGUGCUUGUCAUGAUCGCUCUCAACACGGUGGUCCUCAUGAUGAAGUACUACUCGGCCCCAACAGCCUACGACACCGUCCUGAAACACCUGAACACAGCCUUCACCGUCCUCUUCUCUCUGGAGUGUAUACUCAAGAUCAUGGCGUUUGGUUUUGUGAACUACUUUCGAGAUACUUGGAAUAUUUUUGACUUCAUCACUGUUCUUGGCAGCAUCACGGAGAUAAUUGUGGAUUUACAGUCGGUGAACACCAUCAACAUGAGUUUCCUGAAGCUUUUCCGAGCGGCCAGGUUGAUCAAGCUGCUCAGACAGGGUUACACCAUCCGUAUUCUGCUGUGGACCUUCGUUCAGUCUUUCAAGGCCCUUCCUUACGUCUGUCUUCUCAUCGCUAUGCUUUUCUUCAUUUACGCCAUAAUUGGAAUGCAGGUGUUUGGAAACAUCAAGCUGAACGACGAGAGUCACAUCAAUCAACACAACAAUUUUAAGACCUUUUUCAGUGCGCUGAUGCUGCUCUUCAGGAGUGCGACAGGGGAGUCCUGGCAGGAGAUUAUGCUUUCGUGUCUAUCGGGUCAGGAAUGUGAACCAGACCCCUCCAUCGCCCCCCUCACCAUGUCUCCGGACCAUGAGGGGGGCUGUGGGACCGACUUUGCUUACUGCUACUUUGUCUCAUUCAUCUUCUUCAGCUCCUUCCUGAUGCUAAAUCUGUUCGUGGCUGUGAUCAUGGAUAACUUUGAGUACCUGACAAGAGACUCCUCCAUCCUGGGUCCCCACCACCUGGAUGAGUUUGUUCGCAUCUGGGGGGAGUAUGAUCGUCUGGCAUGUGGUCGUAUCCACUACACGGCCAUGUAUGAGAUGUUAACCCACAUGUCUCCUCCUCUGGGCCUGGGCAAAAAAUGUCCUGCCAAGAUCGCCUACAAGAGGUUGGUGUUGAUGAACAUGCCUGUGGAUGAGGACAUGUCUGUCCACUUCACCUCCACCCUGAUGUCACUCAUCCGCACAGCUUUGGACAUCAAAAUAGCUAGAGGUGGUGAGGACCGCAUCGGGCUGGAUAGCGAACUGCAAAAAGAGAUCAGCAUCAUUUGGCCCUAUCUGCCCCAGAAGACCUUGGACCUACUGGUACCUAUCAACAAAGAUACAGACAUGACAGUGGGGAAGAUCUACGCCUCCAUGAUGAUCAUGGACUACUUCAAACAGAACAAAGCCAAGAAGCUCCGGCAACAACUCGAAGCUCAGAAGAGUAACUUAAUGUUCAAGCGUCUGGACGCCUCCACCCUCCCCGAGGACAUUCUGUCCAACACCCAGACGCUGCCGAUGAUGGCCCACAGCGCUGGCUCGGCCCUGACCAGGGGAGGCUUCGUGGCUUUGAGCCCCAUCUCACCCCAGGAGCUAUUUCUGCAGCCCAUCAGCUCCGACAUUGAUGCCAGUGAACAGCAGAAUCCGGUGGGCGAGUGCAGUAGGGGGAUUGAAGCCCCACUGGAGCUUCCGCUAGGGAGGGGCCUGUGUGUGCGGGCCUCUUCCAUGCCCCGUCUGGCUGUAGAGUCACAGGCGGAGGUUGCAAGUGGCUCCAUGAAGCGUUCAGCCUCCACCGUCGCGGAUCAGCGGGUGAACGGUCUUUGGCAGGAGGAGAAAAGCCCCGAGCGACUUUAUCGACCUCGUCACAAGAGCUACAAGGCUGCUGUUUCUCGGUCUGAGCACUGGCAGCAUGGCGACAGGGAGCGCGGCCGGUCUAAGGAGCGCUGCCACCUGCUCUCCCCGGACACGUCUCGUUGUAACUCGGAGGAAAGAAGCUUGCAGCCCUCGCGAUCCUCUAGUGCAGAGAGAGCUCACGCCCAAGAUAAACAGGGCAACAGCUCGGACAGUCCAGUACCCUCCACCUCAGAAUCCAGCACCCCCAGCGGCCGUCGACCUUCAUCCCAGACCCCGACCCGCUCUCGCCCUCACAUCACUUACUCCCCGCUCGUGUGUCGCACGCAUCCCUCUGUCGGCGAAGACGAGGACGAACAAGGCAGCCCGGAGCCCGUGAGGCGGGGCAAGCCCACCUGGGAAACCCAAGAGGGGGGUGCAGGAGAAAGGGGGUGCGAGGCAGGCAGACACCCAUCCCCACCUCGACGCUACCCCUCCGAGCCGUUCCUGGCCUCCCAAGAGGGCGACCACAGCCCAGACCCCUCCGGGCCCAUGGAGACGUUGACCUUCGAGGCGGCCGUGGCCUGCAGCCUGGGACGCUCAAACACCAUCAGCUCGGCCCGCCCGCGCUUGCGGACUGGCUGGCAGGUCCCCAACGGACAUUUUCGGAAGCGCCUGGGGCAGACGACCUCCGUUGCAGGCUGCGAUCCCCUCAGCGACACAGAGGAGGACGACAGGUGCUAG